AUGGAGCUGCAAAAUGUCAUCCUGCUCCUCUUGCUGACAAUCAACCUUGCUAUCGCCCAAAACACUUCUAGAGAAGAAGCACAGGAACUCCAUGUUGGGGUUAUCCUUGACUUGGGGUCCAUUGUUGGCAAAAUGGCACGGACCAGCGUUUCACUGGCUAUGGAGGACUUCUAUGCUGUUCAUCGGAACUAUAGCACCAAGCUUGUCCUCCACAUCAGAGAUUCCAUGAGUGAUGAUGUCCAAGCUGCAUCUCAAGCUAUUGACCUGCUAGAGAAUUACAAUGUAGAAGUCAUCAUUGGUCCUCAGAAAUCUUCGCAAGCUAUAUUUAUCUCAAAACUUGGAAAUAAAAGUCAUGCCCCAGUCAUAUCCUUCACGGCAACAAGCCCAUCUCUAUCAUCUAAAACUCUUCCAUAUUUUGUGCGAGCAACAAUAAAUGACUCGGCACAGGUAAAUUGCAUUGCCUCCAUAAUUAAAACCUAUGGGUGGAGAGAGGUGGUACCUAUCUAUGAAGACACUGACUAUGGUAGAGGUAUCAUACCAUACCUUGUUGAUGUGCUACAAGAAGUUGAUGCCCGUGUUCCCUACCAAAGUGUGAUCCCUUUGUCAGCAACUAGUGAACAAAUUACUCUAGAACUCUAUAAGCUGAUGACAAUGCAAACGACAGUCUUUGUUGUACAUAUGCCAUUUACCAUGGCCUCCCUCUUCUUCAUAAAGGCAAGAGAAGUAGGGAUGAUGAACAAAGGAUAUGCAUGGAUCAUGACAGAUGGAGUAACCAAUCUAAUAGAUUCACUGAAUCCUUCUAUCCUAGAAUCGUUGAAUGGUGCCAUAGGUGUUGAGUUUUAUGUUCCCAAAACCAAGGAACUUGAUGACUUCGCCAUGAGAUGGAAUAUGAGGUUCCAGAUUGACAACCCAACUGAUCCACCAUUGAAAUUAAACAUCUUUGGACUAUGGGGCUAUGAUACAAUCUGGGCAGUAGCACAUGCCGCAGCAAAAGUUGGACUUGCAAAUGCCACAUUUCAGAAACCAGGUGCCACAAGAAAUUCAAUAAGUUUGGAAACCUUGGAAACAUCUAGUAAUGGUCCAAAACUGUUGCAAGCAAUCCUGCAGAAUAAAUUUAGAGGCCUCAGUGGCAAUAUUGACCUUUCAAAUAGGCAGCUGCAAAUUUCAACAUUUCGGAUAAUAAAUGUAGUAGGGAAAGGAUGGAGAGAUAUUGGAUUCUGGACUGCACAAAAUGAACUCUCGCAGCACUUAAAUAAAACCAGACAUACAACAACACAUCUAAAUCCAGUUAUCUGGCCAGGAGAGUCCAUAGAAAUACCCCGAGGUUUUAAGAUUCCUGUAAGCGGGAAGAAACUUCAAGUUGGUGUGUGCACAAGUGGAUAUCCGGAAUUUGUGAAGGUCGAAAAGGAUCAUAUCACAGGUGCAACUAAAGCAAUCGGUUUUUCAGUGGAUGUAUUUGAAGAGGCAGUUAAGAGACUUCCUUAUGCAGUCCCUUAUGAAUAUGUCCUAUUUAGUACCAAGGAUGAUGGAAGUGCCGAAGAUUACAAUGAUUUUGUCUACCAAGUUUAUCUUGAGAAAUAUGAUAUAGUAAUUGGAGACAUAACAAUAAGGUAUAAUAGAACAUUCUAUGCUGACUUCACUCUGCCAUACACAGAAUCAGGAAUAGCAAUGGUUGUUCCAGUCAGGGAUAGCAUAAACAAGAAUACAUGGAUUUUCUUGAAGCCGCUAGAACCUGGAAUGUGGUUUGGAAGCAUUGUAUUCUUCAUCUACACUGGUGUGGUCGUAUUAAUAUUGGAGUUUCUAGGCAAUAACGAGAAUGUCCGUGGUCCAAUUCCAAGACAGUUGGGGAUUAUGAUCUUUUUCUCCAUAUUUGAAGAGAGUUGA